UCAAAACCGGUCGCAUACUUAUUUAUAGACAGUCUAAUCUAAGAACACGCGUGUGGUUGUUGGACAAGCAACGUCAAGCAAAGUUCACAGUUGAAUAGAACAUAUUUUGUGAAAUCAAUAUUAAAUAAAUUGCAAUAGAAUAAUAGGCUAUUGCAUAUUAAUAAUGUCGUGGCUGUCGUGGGUAGAAAAUCUUAAAAUGUGGCUUUUCAAUCAAAUGUGUACAAGCAAAGCACGUCUCGACGGUAAAACUGUUGUGAUAACGGGAGCAAGUAAUGGUCUCGGUAAAGAGACUGCCAGAGAUUUAUACGCGAGAGCUUCCGGUCUUUUCCGUCUAUUGAAAGAAGCAAAUAUUUGCGGGAUAAACGUGUACUGUUUACAUCCUGGUAUUAUUGGGACCCAAAUAAAUCAGCAUCUAGAUAAUAUAUUUCUAGGUGGAACUUUUCUUCAUAGUUUGUAUGCAAACUUAUUUGGUAAAAAUGUUAUACAAGGAGCACAAACAACAAUAUAUUGUGCAGUAGCUGAAGAAAUAGCCAAUGAUACUGGACUUUAUUAUUCAAACUGCAGUGUCGCUACUACAUAUCGGAAGGCAAACGAUCCCCAAAUUGCCGAAAAAUUGUGGAAUUUAUCGUGUCAACUUUUGCAUUUGGAACCAGAAGAAAAUUUCACCACAUUUUUGGAAACUGUUUCACGUCAAAUGCUUUAAAAAGAUUUCUUUUUUUAUCGAUGAAUUAUCGUAGAAAUUUUGAAUACAUAUGGUUUAUAUUUUUAUAUGUUUUCUUUUAUAAUAUAUAUGUGGUCAUGUAUUUUCAAUGUUUACAAGCAAUAUGUCUAACAAAAGAAUUACGUAAAGUACAAUGUCAAGUUAUUUGCAUGAAUAAUGCGGUCUUGUUAUCAAAAAAUUUUAUUUACAAUAUUAGAUCUAUAAAUUGGCUUUAAAUUUUUCAUGGUUUUAAUGAUUCCUAUUGAAGAGAAUUUUAAUCCUAUAAUGGCUUUAAUUAUAACGUUAUUAUGAAAAGCCUUUAAAUCUUUUUCUUGCGCGACUUUGUUUGUUUAAUCUUUGUCAUAAAAGCAAAAUGGAAUAUCAAAAAAGCGAUGUAAAAUUCAAUCUAAGAUUGUCAUCAACAGGUAUUAGUUAACGCAAAAAAGGCGCAAAAAAGGUAUGAAAACAAGACAUUUAUUGAUGAUAAACUUUAUUGAUGAUACCGAUAAACAAUGUUUAACAGUAUUUUAUUAUGGAUAAUAAAUAAUUAUUAUCGCACUACCUACGAUUAUUCAAUCGCGUAUUGAAACAUCGAGGUUGUCACAAGUCAAAGAGUUAGGGAACGUAAAUUCUAACUGAAAUGAAAA